GCCUCUUGCUCGCCGCGUCCGCCACUCGCUUUCGCCAUGGCCUUCGCCACCCGCCACUUCGUGCGCGCCGCUUCCUCCGCCGCAGCCACAGCGGCCGCCAAGAAGCUGAUCAUCAAGCAUGUGACGAUCAUCGGUGGUGGCCUCAUGGGCGCUGGCAUCGCUCAGGUUGCAGCAGCCAGUGGUCACACUGUGGUGUUAGUAGACCAGUCAGAGGAAAUCCUUAAGAAGUCUACAAAAGGGAUUGAAGAGAGUUUGAAGAGAGUCACAAAGAAGAAAUUUGCAGACAAGCCUGAGGCUGGUGCUGAGUUCGUUGAGAAGACCUUAAAGAACAUCACAACAAGCACAGAUGCAGGAGCUGUGGUCCACAGCACAGAUCUGGUGAUAGAGGCCAUUGUGGAGAACCUGGAAGUUAAAAAUGAACUCUUCAAGAGGCUGGAUAAGUUUGCUCCAGAGCGGACAAUAUUUGCCAGCAACACUUCCUCCUUGCAAAUCACACAGAUGGCCAACUCAACCACCAGGCAGGACCGAUUUGGUGGCCUCCAUUUCUUCAAUCCUGUGCCUAUGAUGAAGCUUGUGGAGGUCAUCAAGACUCCAAUGACCAGCCAAAAGACUUUUGAAUCACUUGUGGAUUUCAGCAAAGCAGUAGGGAAAAGUCCUGUCAGUUGCAAGGAUACUCCAGGGUUUAUUGUAAACCGUCUCUUGGUGCCUUACAUGAUGGAAGCUGUUCGACUUUUUGAGAGAGGAGAUGCAUCAAAGGAAGAUAUUGAUGUUGCUAUGAAGCUUGGGGCUGGCUAUCCCAUGGGUCCAUUUGAACUGCUGGACUAUGUUGGGUUGGAUACCAGUAAAUACAUUAUAGAUGGAUGGCAUGCAUUAGAGCCCAACAAUCCCCUUUUUGCACCCAGCCCACUCCUGAACAAACUGGUACAAGAAAAGAAGCUGGGCAAGAAGACUGGAGAAGGUUUUUACAAAUACAAAUGAACUCCAGAGGUGUUAAACUCUGUGCUACGCAGCGUUGCCAGGUGAUUGCAGGUGAAUUCAGUUUGAACCUCCCCAAGGAUGGCACAGACUGCAUUUAGAACAUAACACAUCUCUGAACUGAGUGAUUGCACUAGGUAACUAUUUCUCUGGUGAGAGCUUGAUUUGGUAGAUUCAUGGU